CCGCCCCGGGGCGGGGCCAGGCGCUCGGCGGCUGACCAGUCCCGGGCGCUGCCCCAGCCCCUUUCCCGGAGCCGGUCCGGAGAGCCGGAGCUGGGCGCUCGCAGUCCCCGCAGAUCGAACCGCGGCCGGAGCCGGACAGUUCUGCGGAGAAUAAGCGGGGUCUUCCGAGCUCCGUCCCAGGCCGCCGGGCCGCAGCUGGUCCAGCGCCGGGGGCCGUGCUGCCCCUUCAGGUGCCCCCUCCCCGCCCCCCCGGAGGCUCGCCCCCGAGAGCAGCGCCACGAGCCCCCCUCCCCAGGUUCCCGGAGCCCCCCAGCCGAGAUGGCUUCAGUGACAGAGGGAGGCAAAGCCGGGGGCAAAGAUGCUUCGGACCAAAACUUUGACUACAUGUUCAAGCUGCUCAUCAUUGGCAACAGCAGCGUUGGGAAGACUUCCUUCCUCUUCCGCUACGCUGACGAUACCUUCACCCCGGCCUUCGUCAGCACCGUGGGCAUUGACUUCAAGGUGAAGACGGUUUACCGCAAUGAGAAGAGAGUAAAACUGCAGAUCUGGGACACGGCUGGACAGGAAAGAUACCGGACUAUCACCACUGCCUAUUACCGCGGCGCGAUGGGCUUCAUUCUCAUGUAUGACAUCGCCAAUGAAGAGUCCUUCAACGCCGUCCAGGACUGGGCCACCCAGAUCAAGACCUACUCCUGGGACAACGCCCAGGUCAUCCUGGUGGGGAACAAGUGCGACAUGGAGGACGAGAGGGUCGUGCCCACUGAGAAGGGGAAGCUCCUGGCCGAGCAGCUGGGGUUUGACUUCUUUGAAGCCAGUGCCAAGGAGAACAUCUGUGUCAGGCAAGUCUUUGAGAGGCUGGUGGACGUGAUCUGCGAUAAGAUGUCCGAGACCUUGGACACCGACGCUGCCCUGGCCAGUGGGGCCAAGAACACGCGCCUCACGGAUGCCCCCCCUCUCCUGCAGCCCAACUGCUCCUGCUAGGCCCAGAAGGCCACUCUCUCCCUGCUCUCUGGGAACUCUUCCCACCCCCACCCCCCAUACCUUUUUCUUUCCCAUGAAACUCUUCCCACCCUUUGUUGACUCAACAGUUCUCAUGCGGACCUCAGUAUCUCUUCUAUAACUGGUUCUGGGAGAUUCUGCCAUUUGUGUUCUGGGUCCCGGAAAAUAUGAUGCUCCCAACCAUUUGUAAGUGGGUCCUGCUUUAUAAAUGCCCUUGAGUUGGAAAGGACAUCGGCCCCCUCCCUUCUAUUUCACAAAAGACAGAACCCCAAAUCACCUGGCUAAGAAGUAGCAUAGCAAGAUCUGAACCCACUUCUUCUGAAGCCAAAUCAAAUGAAUAGUCUCCCUGUGGUGCUCUCCAUACCACAUCCUAAUGGAGUGAGAUUAUUUGUUUAGGAAAAAAAAAUUCCCAUUUUACAAAAGGCUUCACCUUAAGAUUUGCCCUAUUUAUGGUUGAUUACCACCCAUGAGGACCAUCCACAUGUGGAGAGGGACAUGGACAAAAUUAACUAUUUCCCAUCCUUUUCUUUAGUGAGUUUCUUUCUUGGUUGUCCUGAGAGCCCUAACCCUGUCCCAGAGUACCCCUGGAGCUUGAGGGCAAAUAGGGAGAGCACUGAUCUCUGGGAAGCCUGGAAAUACAGGAUCAGAGACUUCAUACUGGAAGGGAUCUCCAACAGUUAUCAAGUCCAACCUGUUCAUUUUCACUGACCAAGAAACAAAGGCCCAGUGAGGGUAGAACUGGGAAAGAAAUGGCUCUUUUAGGAGAGACAGUAAAAAAAAAAAAAAAAAAAAAAAAAAAAAAAAGACUGGAUUUGAGGUCAGAUCCCAGACCUAAAUUGAAAUCCCCACUUUCCUUUUUCCUGGAUCACUGAUCUUGGGCAAAGCCUUUCCUCUGGGUGGGAUUCGGUUUUCUCCAAAUGAGAGACAGGACUAGAUGACCUUUAAGAACUACUAUGGUCCUAAUAAGGAUGAAAGGAGCCCAGGCUGGAUCAGAUGCAGUUUAUUUCUUGAUGGUGAUUUAAUGAUUUUUUUGACUCAUCUUCAAGGUUCCAUUAUGAAAAAAGUGAGAAAGGAAGUGUUUGUGAGGCGCUGAUUUCUUAUCUUUUCCUUCUGCCUGGAACCAAUUCAUCUCCAUUCAAAAUUCAAUUACCAGUAAGUAGCCGACCCCUUCUCCAACAGAUCCGAUCCUGGAAAAUCAGUCCCAAUGUCUGUUCUAAGACACAUAAGGAGACAAUAUAGCAUUCAUGCUCCUGGAAAAGUGGGCAAUUAAAUUAAAAUAAAUCCUAGAAUUGCUUGAUCUUGAUCUUGAUCGGACUUGGAGUAAUUCUAGGAUUUAUUUUUAAUUUAAUUUUUACUUAGUCUGUAUCUAAACAAAAACCUCCCCUCUACCCAAGUGAUAUUACCCAAGUGACCAUUCAGAAUGCCAGCAGUGAGUGGUGAGCUCACUGCAUUAAUAGAUGGCAUACUAAUCCUUGCCCAGGAAAGCAGGCUUUUCCUCCUCACCUGGUGACUCAUAAUUUAGGGGCAUUUGUACUAUGAGUUCAGUCUCCAAGUGGCAAAAAGGUGGGUUAGGAUGGAGUGUGGGACUAGAAAGAAUUAACCCACAAUAUAUACUGUAUCCCCAUGAGGCAAGUUCAUUUGGGUGUUGGAUGAGGAUUCAUUCCAAACCAAGAAAGGGCUGGAAAAAAGAAGAGAACAAAUAUGAAACUGGAGAAAGGGUUCUUUUGGUGAAGGAAGUUGAGUGUCUUGGAAACCCGCCUAAUUGAUAGUCCUUUAAGGGGGCUCAUUGAAAUGGUGAAGAAAGCAUGGGAUGGGAAGUGAGGGGACCAGAGUUAGGAGUCCCAGCUUAGCCACUGACUUGCUCUGCAGUCUCUGGACACUUCCUUCACCUCACUGGGCCUUAGUCUCUCCUCUAUGAAAUGGUAGAAUUGAGGUGGAUGAUUUCUAAGUCCCUUUCCAUCUCGGACAUGAAAUGCACCCUGUCCCAUCUUGGACAAUCUAUGACUCCAGGGUCGGCCAAACCAUCAUUUAUUAAGUGCCUACUAUGUGCCUGGGGGUGCAAAAGUGAAAUAAAUGGUCCCUGCCCUUGAGAAGUUUGCGAUCCAGCCAGAGAAGAUGUCCCUAUAUAGGUGUAGACACGGUGCUUUGAUGAAAUGCAGAAGGCAAUUGGGAGAGGCUCUCACAGUUAAGGGGCUCAGGAAAGGUUUCAUAAAAAGAAGGUGCUUGAGCUGAGCUUUGAAGUUAACCAGCAAUUCUGAAAGGUGCAGGUGGGAGAGAGUGUGAUCCGGCCUGUUCCAAGUCAUGGAAGUGGGAGAUGGAGUGAACUGGGUGAGAGAGAGGACGGCAGCCGUGGGUCAUCUGAGACUGAGCUAAGCCACCAGUCCUGGCUCUACAGGAGCCUUAUUCCAGUACUUGGGUGAGGGGGGAGGGGGCCAUUUUAAUUCGGUCAAAAAGAGACCCCAAACUCUCAUGUUGAGAGGACCUUACUCGGAGCUGUCCAAGGUCCUGCCCGGAGUACCUGGGACUCAGUAAAAAGCCAGGGGCAGGGUGUGAGGGAAGAGAGGUGUUGAGGAGGGGCAGCCGUGUGGCCUGGGACCUGAGUGGGCCUUAUUGCUAACAUGGCCUGAUCACUUGGUUUAUCUGAGUCACAGAUUUCCCUCCUGUACAACACAACGCCAGGACCAUUUAGAUCCAAUGGGAACCUUAGAUAUUAUGUAGUCUAAGUCUUUCGUGUUACAGAGAAGGUCCAGAGGGACUAAUUUAAUAAAUUUCAAAAUCAGCAAGCAUUUAUUAAGCCCCUACUACAUGCCAGGCCCUGUGCUAGGCACUAGGAAUAAGAUAUAAAAUAGUCUGUGCCCCCAAGGAGUUUGGGGAGACAACAUGGGCCCAGGAUAAGUAAAUACAAGAUAAAUUAAGGAGAGAACACUAAUCAUCAGGCAGAUAAGGCUUUCGGAUGGAGGUAAAGGAAUUGAUUUCUGGGAGGUGUUGAAAUGACUGAUCCUGAGAUCACAUGACUAAUAAAUGGGGGAGCCAGGAUUUGAGUAUAGGUUCUCGGACUUCUGGUCCAAUUGUUUUAAGCAGCAGCACCUGGUAGAAAUUCAGGUCAGUUCCUUUUGUCAUUUACAAAUGACCAGUCCUUGGCUUUUGCGGGGCUAGAAGAGCUUACUAAUCACAGAGUGUAUAUGCUCCUGGCUUUACCUGAAUUAUCAUUAUACCCUAUGAAAUCUCAGGAUUGAAAGCCCCUAACUGAAAUUGAGCAUUUCCUUUAUUUAUUUAAAAACACGAUUUGCCAAACUGGCUACUAAAGGGAUCCAGAAUGUGGCAGUUAAAACAAGCACCUCCCUUCCCCCCUAAAAAAAAAACAAACCCUGCAUUA